CAUAUGAUAAUGUUUAAUUAGCUUGGAGAAGAAAAAAAAGCCACCAACUUGCUUACAAAGAUGCACUAAUUAAUGGUAAUUAUAGAGACUUGUGAUGAUGGAUUAUUGGGUAUAGCGAGUGAAUGAGUGGAUGGUGACAAAAGGCUUUGAAUUAUUAUCAUAUUACGAAAAGAGUUUGUUUUCAAGUCGACAAAGGGACAUUAGAGAUCGGAUAAUGGAGGGAGAGAAGGGUGAUGAGGUGGAUGGUCUAACUUAACUUUGCUGGAUAUGGGAGUUCAAUGAUUCUAAGACACAUGUGAAUGGCGGUUGGUUGGGCCAAGGGGCAUAUUGCUUCUUCUUCUUUGCCAACCUGUCUGGACGAGGUUUUGUUUGGCCUGGGCCGGGGAAGGUAUUAUUUUGUGCUUGUCGUUGCUACGAUUGCAGCUAACUUGUCGUCGAGAGAAUUUGGUGGACAUUAGUCCAUUGGCCACGAUUUCUGUGUCCAUUAAUCGUCCACACCUCACGAGACCUCUCGACCACAUAAGGCUCUGAUACCAUGUCAUGAACCAGUUGCUAUCUCCCAAUAACUCGAGUUGUUGAGAGAAGGUUAUGCUGGAUCUUGAAUACCACUCUCUUACACGCCCCCCCCCCCCCCCAAACAAAAGCCGACUCACGGUCUUGAAGUUUGCACAGGCUAACAAUAUCUUGUGUUUUAAUCAAUUUUUAAUAUUGGGGGGUCGUGGAGAUUCGAGCACAAGACUACUUGGCCAAGCUAGCUCAGAUACCUGUGUCAAAAACCAGUUGGUCUCAAUAACUCGAACUGUCGGAAGAGGUUCGAUCGUGGAUCAUAUACGAUACACUAACACACAGGGGUCGGAGUAUCCGCAAUUGCGGAUUUGAUUGUCAUCCCUAUUUUUUUACGAUUCAUUUCAAUACCGAACGAACCAUUAAAUAAUGUAGUUUUGAUGUAUACUUGAUUUGUAUCGUUAUUAUUAGCUCUGUUUAAGAUAAAGACGAACAUACUUAUUGGUGUCGGAUUGGCCUGCCAAGUAAGCUUCACUUGGACGUCUCGAGUUAAAGAUUUGACUGACCCAUCCUUUCCUUGGGUUUAAAUAUGUUAGAUCCGUAAUUACAUGCAUGCACGGGUCAAAUUAAUGGCCGCUUGAAGUUAAUUAAUUAUCUAUCAGCUGCCUUAUUAUAGACAUUAGACACGAAGUGAUGGGACCGGUUAGCAUGCUAACCCCUUAGGGGUUGGUUUUUUGACACCCCCUUUUAAUUGGUCAGUUUUUCAUUAAUUAUUGACAAGUAUUAAUGAAAGUAAACAUAAUAAAUGUUCUGUUAUUAAAUACAAAGUAAGCAUUAAAUACACCACAUUAAUUACCACUUUACUGGUAUUUGUACCACUGCACUGAUACUCAGAUAUGACAUUGCUACCAGUGCAGUGGUAUAUCUACCAGUACAGUGGUACAACGUAUCAGUGCAGUGGUAUAUCUACCAGUACAGUGGUACAACGUAUCAGUGCAGUGGUAUAUUUUUUGGAGGUGGUCGGAGAGAGUCUGCCGAUGGGAUUUUCACCGGAGAAGUGUGGCGGUCGGAGGAAGUCUGGUGGUCGGAGACUGCUGAAAAAGGAAAAAUCAAAUAUAGUGAGAGAAUUCCUAAUGUGUAUUUAAUGUGUGUAUUUAAUUCCUAAUGUGUAUUUAAUAGUGAGAGAAUUCCUAAUUAAUAUGGUACAUUUUAAUUCCUAAUGUGUAUUUAAUGUGUGUAUUAAAUUCUAUAGUUGUAUUUAAUAUACUAGGGGGGUGUCAUUUUUCCAACCCCUAAGGGGGUUAGCAUGCUAACCGACCCCGAAGUGAUGGGAGCCAGUUUAGUUUAUUAUAUGGAUGCAGUCGCACUUGAACUUAUAGCAGUGGCGGAGGCAAGAUCUGAAACUACCCAUGUCAUCUUUUUCAGUACGAUUUCAUCGACCAUACUUUGAAUAUGAAUAUUAGAACCAACAACUAACAAGAAGUAAAGCAAAAUAGAGAGAAAGAAGGUUGCAAAGAGUGGUGUUCUUUUUUUCCCCCCACCCUUUCACAGCAAAUUAAACACGAUAUUGUUGGUGGUGAGAAUGUCUUCAAUGUAAUUAUGGAUAUAUACAUGAAGACUGUCUUAAAUUAUCUUUUGUUGAUCAUACUCAUCAUCAUUGAGUUUAGGUUCAACAAGGUUUGCUAUGACCACACAUUUGGGGUCUAGGGUUCACUCCUUCAUAAUUGUCCUAAUCUCACAUGAAAGUUUGAGAUCCAUGUUUAGAAUGUUUUGUGUGGGAGGGUUACUAAAAAUGCAACUAUUUACAUUAGUUCUCUUCACCCUCAUUUUCCAUUUAAAAAAAAAAAUCCCACGUAAUUAAUUAUCUUUACGAUUUGAAUUACUGAAAUGGGCUUGGACAGGCCCAAUUUAAUUCCAGUUUCGCCUCAUUUUGGACUGCUGGAUUCCUCGCCACCAGUGAACAAUCGGACAAGGAACCAAUAGUCCAAUUACCCAACUGUACAAAAGUUCUCUUUCCUUCAAGAAAGUCCACGUAGAAGUAGACAUCGGAUUCGCUUGGGCCUCUGGCCCACUAGACCUACCACAACGGCCCUUAAAUUAAAUUAAAGCUUGCUGCUUUAGUUAUGUGGCCAGCUACCUAGUAGUACAUAUUAUGCCAAACUUCUUGUUAAUCAUCAAUUGGUUGCAGUGAACAGAAUUAGUUACUAAUUACUAUUAUCAGAGAUGCAGAUAAUUGAACUAACCGAAAUUCGUCAUUAAUUCGCUCUAAAUAAUGAUAGAAAUUAAAAUAUAAUUUAGUUGAUGAAUAUCUAAGCCCAUGGUUAAAAUAUAAUAAAGUGUUUACCUAAAAGUGGGUGGAGCCACAUCAUCACUUUGGACAAACAAAUCCCGCCUCGCUUUCCACUAAUCACUAUCCCCCACAACACACUCCAUUUUACCUUUCCUUUUCCGUAAUCACUAAUCUCUCCCUCCAUAUUUUUCUCCUAUCCAUCAUCCCCUCAAAAUCCAAUCCCUAGAUUUCCGCCACGAAGAAGAAGGGGGAAAAAAUGGCCGAACCGCCUCCGCCGGCCGUCUUCCUCCGCUCCAGCCGCAUCCCCCACGACGUCGUCACCGACAUCUUCCGCCAGCUCCCGGCCGAGGCCCUCCUCCGCUUCCGCGCCCUCUCCAAGCCCAUCUGCGACCUGAUCGACAGCUACGAUUUCAUCCAUCUCCACUUGUCCUACUCCCUCCGCACCAAAUCCCACCACUCCCUCAUCCUCCGCGACUGGCACCUCUACACCGUCGACUUCGACUCCCUCGACGCCGCCGUCGAUCUCGACCACCCGCUCUCCGUCGGCGGCGGGACCGAGGCGGUCGGCUCGGUGAACGGACUCGUCGCGCUGCGGAACUCGGAGCGGGAUCUCGCGAUUUACAACAUCGCCACGCGGAAGGUCCGGAAGCUGCCCGUGAGCGAGGUGGAGCCGCCCGGCGGGCAGCACCUGAGGACCGGGUACGUUUUCUACGGGUUCGGGUACGAUUCUUUGAACGAUGAUUACAAGCUGGUGAGGAUGGCGACUUUCGUCGGGGAUGAGAACGCGAACGAUACUUAUAAUUAUGAUUACGAGGUGAAGGUUUAUAGCUUUAGGAGCAAUUCGUGGAAGAAGAUUAUGGAUGUCCCAUAUUAUAUCCGGUUCUUGCAUAAGCCCCUGCAUCAGGUUUUGCAUAGGAGAGGGUAUGGGGUUCUCGUUGGAUCUGCUCUGCAUUGGGUGCUGCCUCAGAGGGCUUUGCUGGGUUUGAAGAAUUAUAUAGUCUCGUUCGAUUUCGUUGCUGAGAAGUUCGAUGAGGUGCCUCAGCCGGAGUAUGAAAAUAAGGAUCUGAGCUACCAAGUGGAUGUGGGGGUUCUGGAAGGGAAUCUGUGUGUGAUGUGUAACUACGAGCAUGUAUGCGUCGAUCUGUGGGUGAUGAAGGAGUAUGGGGUGAAGGAGUCUUGGUCUCGGUUGUUCUCGGUGCAGAAGAUUAGGAAUACUACUGCAUUUGGGUUCUUGAGGCCUUUGAUUUAUGCCAAGGAUGGUAAUGAGCUGCUAUUGGAAGUGAAUGAUGAGAAGCUCUUCUGGUACGAUUCGAAGACUGGGAAGGCUAGAAGUGUGAGGAUUCUUGACGGGCCGAGAUCGUUUGGUGCUCUUAUGUAUGUGGGAAGUCUUAUUCCAGUCGAGGAUCCUGAUGAAGUUGAGCGGCAGCGACGGUUAAGGGAGGAUGCCGAGAGGGAGAAGUUGAGAUCCGAAAACAACAAUUGGGAUGACUUCCUAUCAGUUGGAUUUAAACUGAAACUGUGACCAGCAGAGAAGACACUGAUGACCAAGAAAGCGUCCACUGGUGCGUUUUGUUAUUUUCUCUGCUGUCUGAUUUAGUUAUUCUGCCCCAGAGACUUCUUCAGUCGCAGUUUAAUUUAACCGGUUGAGGUAUGAAGUCAGUUUUUCUGGUCUUAUCUGAUAAAUGCUAAUCGUUGGUAUGGAAACUGCAGCGAGCUAUCCGCGGAGAACCAUGGCAUCACGAGGUCCAUGUGAUGCCGCAACAAGGAAAGCCAGAGGGAUGUGGAGGAAGCCUACAUCUUUCUUCAGCCUUCAUCAAGUUAGGAUGUGGUGGUCUCUGGUUGGAAAGGCUUCAGCCUUGGGCAAAGCAUCAUUGCAUUUGCCUAAAAUGUACUAGGAUUCCUGAUAGAUAUCUUUGUCAUGUUACUUAGGAAGAAGAAAGAGCUUGUAGAAAGGAAAGGGAUCAUCUGUAGACUACCUUACAGAAAGUAAGAGAAUAAGGAAGGAGAAAGUGAAAGCUACCCAGAAAACAAAUAAAGGAAAGCAACAGAAAACAGAAGAGGUUGCUACUUACUGUACAUGCAAGCAUUUGCAGGAUCGUGCCCGGAAUCUCAUUCCAGUCACUUGGACGACGAGAAAGGUGCAGCCGAAUUACUUUUUACUCUAUUUGUACCUGACUGAAGCUUGAUAGAUGGGAAGUAGAGAAGAAGCUGUAUGCAGGUUGCUGCUUGGUUAACUGCAUGGCUUCUUCUGCUUACUUCUUUCUGAUGUAUGAUGGCUUUCUUGUAUGUGUUAUUAUUGCUGAAGUUUCUGUUGUGUGUUGUAUUUUUCUGCUGCAACUUUACAUUGACAUGACAAUUUAAUGCUGUAACCUUGAAGCAUAAAUUGUACGUUUGUAAUCUGGAUCUUGGAUUCCCUUGUAUACCAAGUGUUUCACAGAUGUGUAAAUUUACUAGUUACUGAGUGUUUACAUGGCCAGUCCUAAUCUCAGCCACAGCUGUAGAAUUAGAUCAAUCGGUAAUGACAAUGGUUAGAGUAGGAGGAGUAUCUCGAUAUUCAUAUAGUACUUGCUUCUUAGUUGUGUUAGAUACAUGUCAGUUCGUUAUGUCUAUUGUCGUAAAUCACGCAAAUUGUCUCGUUUUGAAAUAUAUUCAUUGUUAAGCUUCUUCCGCCUCCUCUUCUAAAUUACACGAUUAAGUCAAAAUCUUCUAAUUAUUGACCUUAAUCACAUUGUUUAUAGUAGGAGAAAGAAGAUUAAGGUUACGUUAUAAAAUAUGUGAUGUGUAAUUGGGCACUGCACAAAAAAAUGUUCAUAAGGAAGUCCACAAAAAACGUUACAGUGCAACAGUUGGGUCUCAUCCUACCGUCCAAGCUCGUCCACAACAAGAUCUUAACGGUUAAUAUAAUCGACAUCGCCCCAAUCACGUGACCAUCCCGCCUAAAUAGCAUGAUCACGACCGCACCUGAUCACUGCCACAGUAAAACUCGCAUUUAGUA